AUGCAGUUCACAUUUGGGAAGGUUCUAUUAUUUUCACUCUUCCCCAUAGUUCUCUUUGGGUAUGCUACAGCUGAGUUUGAGAAUGAAGUUUCACGAAAGCUGAUAUCUGCUCCACACAAAAAUGUGAGAAGCAAUGUUAUUGAUGGCACUGGUAUAGAGAAUUCCUUAAGUUUUGAGGAUUCAAAUAAUGGACUGGGUGAGUUGAAAAGUGCGAACAGCAAGGUCUCAGUCUCCACUGUUGCAUUAUUCACGUUGGCAAUGGCUGCUGCCACUGGUUUAGGUGCAGUCCCAUUCUUCUUUGUGGAGCUUGAUCCACAAUGGGCAGGAUUAUGCAAUGGAAUGGCUGCUGGUGUAAUGUUGGCUGCAAGCUUUGAUCUUGUACAGGAAGGGCAAGGUCAUGGUGCUGGGAAUUGGGUUGUCAUUGGGCUUUUAGCUGGUGGCCUUUUUAUUUUACUGUGCAAGAAGUUUCUUGAACAAUAUGGAGAAGUUAGCAUGUUAGACAUUAAAGGUGCUGAUGCAACUAAAGUCGUUCUUGUGAUUGGGAUAAUGACUCUUCAUUCAUUUGGGGAGGGCUCUGGUGUUGGGGUUUCAUUUGCUGGCUCAAAGGGUUUCUCUCAGGGCCUUUUGGUAACUUUGGCUAUUGCUGUGCACAACAUACCAGAAGGAUUAGCUGUGAGUAUGGUGCUUGCAUCCAGGGGUGUUUCUCCACAGAAUGCCAUGUUAUGGAGCGUGAUUACCUCAUUACCACAGCCCAUUGUAGCUGUUCCUUCAUUCAUAUGCGCUGAUGCGUUUAGCAAGUUUCUUCCUUUCUGUACGGGCUUUGCUGCUGGAUGCAUGAUCUGGAUGGUUGUUGCAGAGGUGCUUCCUGAUGCAUUCAAGGAAGCCUCUCCAUCGCAGGUUGCAUCAGCAGCUACUCUCUCUGUAGCAUUUAUGGAAGCUCUUAGCACCCUUUUCCAGAAUUUCACCCAUGAUUACAACUCAGAGGAUGCUUCUGGCUUCUUUGUUUCAUUACUAUUUGGUCUUGGACCGUUGCUCGGUGGCAGUGUUCUUGUUGCAUUUGCAUUGGCUUUCCAUCUCCAGCAUGCUCUUCUCAUGGGUGCAGCAUCUGGCAUUGCCUUUGUCCUUGGUGCCUGGAGACCAUUGCAGCUACUUUUGUCGUUAAAGAUGGGAUUUUUAUCUAUCAUGCUUCUGCUUGCAAUGGGAGCUGCGUCUGUCCAUAUUUUGAGCUCCAGUAUUUUGAAGAUUGCAGGUCGCAAAAGAACUUCAGUGCAUAACUUACCCGCAGUAAAUGGUUUUCCAGUGAGUGUUCACACCCUCCAAUCAUUCUUGGCAUGUGGAGCAGUUGCCCUUCAUGCUUUGGCAGAAGGGCUUGCACUAGGUGUUGCUGCACCAAAAGCUUAUGGACUUGGUCGACACAUGGUCCUUCCUGUCUCUCUACAUGGACUCCCUCGGGGUGCAGCUGUGGCUAGCUGCAUCUUUGGGGCUACAGACAACUGGCACGCGGCCCUUGCGGCGGCUGCUUUAAUUGGAUUCAUGGGUCCAAUAUCUGCAAUCGGAGCAAUACUCGCAGGUAUUGACUAUAGCGGUUUAGACCAUGUGAUGGUUUUUGCGUGUGGGGGGCUACUCCCAAGUUUUGGAAAUGUAGUAAAGAGAGCAGUUAGGUUGGAUAUGCGUAAAAGUAGUUGCGGGAUUUUGAUAGGUUUGGGGUUUGCAACUCUGUGUUUAACUUGCACUAAGUUGGUCUGCUUGCACACACCUUAUUGCAAUUCUGCUCCAGAGGCUGUCAGAUGA